GCCAACCCAAUUGCGUUGCCUGCUCCGUAGAGGACGGUGCUGCCGCCGCCGCGAUGUCCGAGACCGCUCCCGCCGCCGCCCCCGACGCUCCCGCUCCCGGUGCUAAGGCCGCCAAGAAGCCGAAGAAGGCGGCAGGCGGCUCCAAAGCCCGGAAGCCCGCGGGCCCCAGCGUCACCGAGCUGAUCACCAAGGCCGUGUCCGCCUCCAAGGAGCGUAAGGGGCUCUCUCUUGCCGCGCUCAAGAAGGCGCUGGCCGCCGGUGGCUACGAUGUGGAGAAGAACAACAGCCGCAUUAAGUUGGGGCUCAAGAGUCUUGUCAGCAAAGGCACCCUGGUGCAGACCAAGGGCACGGGUGCCUCUGGUUCUUUCCGCUUAAAUAAGAAGCCGGGAGAGGUGAAAGAAAAAGCCCCCAAGAAGCGGGCGACCGCAGCCAAACCUAGGAAGCCAGCGGCCAAGAAGCCCGCCAGCGCCGCCAAGAAGCCCAAGAAAGCUGCGGCGGGGAAGAAAAGCCCUAAAAAAGCUAAGAAGCCGGCGGCCGGUGCAGCCAAGAAGGCGGCCAAGAGCCCCAAGAAAGCAGCCAAGGCAGGUCGCCCCAAGAAGGCAGCAAAGAGCCCUGCCAAGGCUAAAGCGGUGAAGCCCAAAGCAGCUAAGCCCAAGGCAGCCAAGCCAAAAGCAGCCAAGGCGAAGAAGGCGGCGCCCAAGAAAAAGUAAAUUAUACCGGAAGAGUUCUGGUCUACAUAUUUUGCUAUCCAACGGCUCUUUUAAGAGCCACCCACACUUUCCCUAAAGGAGCUGAGGCACCGAGGCCGUCUGUAACUUGCAACAAGGAUCCAGUAAUUCGUAAGUUGUCAGAGGUCAAUUCUGUCUUAUCCCCCCCCCCCCACGUUAAAAUUACCGAAAGAAAUGGUAACGAGCACGGUAUGACGCGGAGCUUUAGGGAAGUGUAGAGUUUUACAUCUUUUUUUGUCAAGUAAUUGGUUAGACUCCCAGGAAGCAAUGUUUUACAAUAAUUUGAUAAAAAUCUGAUGUAUGGGAUUUGGGUUUUUUUUAAGGUUAUAUUUUGUAACAAAAGUAAUAGGAAUGCCAGGCAAACUACUACUGAGCCAUGUCUAAUCUUUUAUUUCUGUUAAAUGGUUUUGUCUGGGGGAGGAGGGGAGGAGUUUCUUACUGACCCGAAAAUAGCCCUGAGCUCUCCCGUUCCUUUUGUUCCCGAUGAGAAAGAGCUUUAAGUAUUGAAAAAGCCCGCCCAGACCAAGGAUUGGCCAGCGGAGAGCCCGGCCCGCUGCCCCUUCCCCCACCCUUCCCCCACCCUUCCCCCCUCCCUUCCCCGAAGACGAUUAUGCCUGGUAUCUCUGGUGCUGUUCCAGCCCCUCUCAGAGAAGAAAAACGCGGAAGAGAGGGGAAGAGACGGGAGCUUUCGCCGAAAUGGUGUUCCCAUGUUCUCUAGGAUAAGAACUAACUACACAAGAAAUAUCCCACACCAGAAAGAACUUGCUUUGGGAGGACGUUUUGGCGCGACUUUGUGUUAAUGAAAACGUGGAAAUUGUUGCUUCUACCACCAAGCCAAAAAUACUGUUAAUAAACAUGGAGAAUAUGAGACAAAA